AUGAAAAAAGAAGAAGGAAAUCAAGAGAGUAGCUCUGAAUCAUCUAAUGAAUCUGAAGAUAAUCAGAGUUCUUCUGAUAGCGAAGAUGAAAGUGAAAUGCUACGCAAGGAAAUGGCUGACAUUCCUCUUGGGGAAAUUCAAAAGUUGCGUGAAAAAUGUGGUCUUAAAAGAUAUAAUGAAGUUGUUUUUGGGACCCAAUCAAAAGGUUCAGAAAAUUACAAGAAGCAGCAAAUAUCAAAUAUAAAUUUGACUGUAGCAAAACAGAAAAGUGCUCCUGAAGAGAAAUCUUCAAAGAUUCGUAACUUUGCAAAAAGAAGGUUAACAAACCAACCAAAGCGAUUGUUUAGAGAUCCACGAUUUGAUGACUUGUCUGGAAAAUACAAUGAAACUAUGUUUGAAAAAUCUUAUUCCUUCAUUGAAGAUAUGAGAAAAAAAGAAUUUGUUACUGUUAAAAAACAAUUAAAGAAGACCAAAAACAAAGAUAGAAAAGCUGAUCUCCAAAAGCUGUUUAACGAUUUAGAAAGAAAAAAUAAAGAAAGUGAGAAAGUAAAAAUACAAAAAGUCAAAGAAAAAGAAAUUAAAAAAAAACAAAUAGAAAGUGGCAAAAAAGUAUUCUACUUAAAGAAAUCAGAGCGUAAAAAAAUUCAACUUGCUGAAAAAUUUAGAGAAUUAAAAUCUUCAAAUAAACUAGAAAAGUAUAUGAGCAAGAAAUUAAAGCGAAAUGCUGCUAAGGAAAAAAAAAAACUUCCAAACAAAAAAAACACUCAACUGCUAUAAAAUUAAAAAUUAUAGUUUUUAUUUGCAUGAUCAGGUUGA